AAGCAUUACAGCCACUCUAUGACAACAUGGGUGGCUCUGAAAAGAGCCUUUGGGUUUCGGUGAGGUCCGCCGCUCACUUGGAGCUGGUGUACUUGGUGACGGCCUUGGUGCCCUCGGACACGGCGUGCUUGGCCAGCUCCCCGGGCAGCAGCAGGCGCACGGCCGUCUGGAUCUCCCGGGACGUGAUGGUCGAGCGCUUGUUGUAAUGCGCCAGGCGCGACGCCUCGCUCGCGAUGCGCUCGAAGAUGUCGUUGACGAACGAGUUCAUGAUGCCCAUGGCCUUGGACGAGAUGCCCGUGUCGGGGUGCACCUGCUUCAGCACCUUGUACACGUACACCGAGUAGCUCUCCUUGCGGCUGCGCUUGCGCUUCUUGCCGUCCUUCUUCUGCGCCUUGGUCACCGCCUUCUUGGAGCCCUUCUUCGGGGCGGGAGCGGACUUCGCGGGCUCAGGCAUGAUGAGACAGGAACAACAGGAACUCAACACUGAGGCUUCUGGGCUUUCCCGUUUUAUAAGGGCGUUAUUUAAAUGAGGCUUGAAAAAGCACACUUCUGAUUGAGUGGUAUUUCGGUGACGUCAACUGGAGUUUGCCCAAUUGAAAUACAGAUCGACACAAACGCUUCUCAUUGGCCUAAACGAAAUGAAGAAGUCAGCCAAUCGCACGGGUUCUUUUUCGCGCCCAGAGAAGACUAUAAGGCCCAAGCUCUUGCGGCUCUCAUCCACCCAGUUGGUAACGGCUACCGUGUGCUCACCAUGUCUGGACGCGGCAAGCAGGGCGGCAAGGCUCGCGCCAAGGCCAAGACCCGCUCGUCCCGCGCCGGCCUGCAGUUCCCCGUGGGCCGCGUGCACCGGCUCCUCCGCAAGGGCAACUACUCGGAGCGGGUGGGCGCCGGCGCCCCGGUCUACCUGGCGGCCGUGCUGGAGUACCUGACGGCCGAGAUCCUGGAGCUGGCUGGCAACGCGGCCCGCGACAACAAGAAGACGCGCAUCAUCCCGCGCCACCUGCAGCUGGCCAUCCGCAACGACGAGGAGCUCAACAAGCUGCUGGGCCGCGUGACCAUCGCGCAGGGCGGCGUCCUGCCCAACAUCCAGGCGGUGCUGCUGCCCAAGAAGACCGAGAGCCACCACAAGGCCAAGGGGAAAUAA